AUGAACGUAAAUAUUCUUCAUCAUGAUGAUGUCAGACGCACUGUGAGUGUUACGCGUGAUGUCCUAAACCUGAUCAGCUUAUGGCCAUUGCUUGGCAAUUCGUCUACUGGUAGAAUUAUUCAGACAAAGAUACUCAAGAUUCUGUUUCAGGCUCUACUCUAUUUCAUUUUUGUGCCGGGCAUACUUAAGAUGUUCCUCAAGGAAUCAAAUACGCAUCGGCGUAUCAAGAUGAUUGGUCCUAUGUGCAACUGCUUCAUGGCGGUACUAAAACAUACAUUGUUGAUUUAUCGAAAUGAUCAAAUCAAAGAUUGCAUCGAGCACAUCGAGAAAGACUAGAGCAAAGCGAGUCUGAUAGGAGAUCGCAAAAUCAUGAUAAACAAUUCGAAAAUCGGACGCAGCCUUGCGAUCAUCUGCGUAGCCUUCGUAUAUGGCAGCGGAUUUUCGUAUCGCACAAUCGUGCCAUUAUCUCGCGGAAUCAUCAUCACGCCGCAAAAUGUGACAAUCAGACCGAUGAGAUUUGAUGGUUAUUAUGUAUACGUCGAUCCACAGAAGACGCCAGCUUACGAGAUUAUCUUUUCAAUCCAGUUUCUCUCCGGGUUUGUGCAAUACUCGGCAACCAGCGGAGCCUAUAGCUUGGCGGCUCUUCCGGUGUUGCUUGCCUGUGGUCAAUUAAAAAUUCUCAUCACUAAAAUGGAGGAUAUCACGCAGGCUAAGAAUUUCUCUGAUAAAUAUGCCAGGGGGAAAUUGGCAGCUGUCGUCAGACAGCAUAUUCAAAUAAAGAGUUUUUUAAGCAAAGUAGAAGAAAUUUUGCAAUAUAUAUGUUUGGUGGAAGUAGUCGGCACAUUCAUCUUGUUUCUUCUUGGAUAUUAUAUAAUACAGGAGUGGGAAAAUAAUGAUGCAGUAUCUAUGCUAACAUAUACUACACUUCUUUUAACAUUUAUUUUUAAUAUCUUCAUACUAUGUUUCAUUAGUGAACUUCUCACAGAUCAGAUAUUGAUCGAUGAUUCACAAAGAUCACUUUUUACACUCGACUGGUAUCGAAUUCCACAUAAAACUGCUCGCGGUCUUGUUUUGAUAAUCGCGAUGUCUAGCAUUCCCAUUAAAAUUACUGCGGGAAAAUUUAUGGAUCUAUCUCUAAAUAGUUUCGGUGCUAUUAUACGAACAUCCGUGGCAUAUCUAAAUAUAUUACGGACAACUAAUAUGUAA